UGUUAACCAUUUCAUAAAAUCCUGGAUUUAUAUUGGUCAGUGAUAUAAGAACAAGCAAUUAAAGUAAUUGUGUGCUUUCGUAAUAUUACUAACCUGCAACUAAGCAAAUGUAACAGUCUGGUGAUUCAAUGAAUUGUAGCGCUUACUCGGUGGGAACCUUUGUUACAGGGAGAUGGAGUCUGGUAGGAAGAUGUUGGAGAGCGGGAUUCUGGGAAGAGCUGAGUUCGUGGUACCGGAUGUGUGAUUUUCAAUAAAGUGUGUUCAUUUAGAAGUAAUACAAUGGUUAACACGAUUUCUGCUUCAGGGUUAAACAGAAAACUCGCCGAAUUUGCAGGAGUGUUUUUUAAUAGACGCACGCGCAAUCAGUAAUUUAAAUUAAACAUCUUCAUGUUUUGUGGCGAUUUAAAAGUGAAAUCCACCUUAAGAGUCAGAUCAGAAUAAUUCUGGUAUUUUUAAGUUUUUGGUGUCUGAAAGUGAAAUACAAAUCCACUGCACUCGGGCGAGCGCUUUUACUGGGUGUGCCUGUCAGGAGCCCCCACUUAAACCUCUUUGACAGGACUUAUAAUCUUUCUUUUUUUAUUUUUGGCAGCUACCGAGCAGAACCCCAUUUGAUACUGUGGACAGUUUAAAGAUGGAAUCAGUCCCGAUUAAAGAGGAGCUCCCUAAACUUGAACUGGUCCCCAUUAGACUGGAGUUCACUGGACUGGCUGCCCUCCCCAUUAAACAGGAGCUCUGUGAGACGCCCUGUGACAGCAUCAAGCCAGUGGUGUUUGGAAUUAAAGCUGAGCGCAACGAACUGGAGAUCUCCCAGACAGAAGAACCAGUUCCUAUGAAAGAAGAGGUGCUGGAAAUGGUGCGUAUUAAACUGGAGCCCCUGAAAGAGGAGGUACUCUUGAAACCAGGGAAGGAAGAAUCUGAAGACUUGAAAGCAGCCCCCACUGAGCUGGGUCCGGUACACCUGCGGGAGUGUAGCGUGGUGCUGGAGAGAAUCUAUGUGAGAAAGCAAGGCUCUGGAGAGGAAGGCUCUCCCAACAGCACGCAAGGAGGUGGACAGGACGACGAGAGCUCACAUUCAGAGUGCAGUCCAGCAGGUUCCAGUCCAGCAGUUAAAGCAAGGACCCAGUUAAGGAAUUUAAAAAUACUGAGGGGAGAGAAAUUAAAAAAUACCAGAGGAGAGAAACCGUAUCACUGCUCUGACUGUGGAAAGAGUUUCAGGCACUCAGGAGACCUUGUGAUACACCAGCGAAUUCACACAGGAGAGAAACCCUAUCGCUGCUCUGACUGUGGAAAGAGGUUCAAGUCAUCAGGACACCGUACAGCACACCAGCGAAUUCACACAGGAGAGAAACCGCAUUGCUGCUCUGACUGUGGAAAGAGUUUCAGGAACUCAGGAGACCUUUCAAAACACCAAUGAAUUCACACAGGAGAGAAACCUUAUCGCUGUUCUCACUGUGGGAAGAGUUUCAGUCGGUCUGGAAAUUUUGAAUUGCAUAAGCGAACUCACAAAGGAGAGAAACCAUAUCACUGUUCUGACUGUGGGAAGAGUUUCAGUCGGUCAGAACACCUAUUAAUACAUCAGCGAAUACACACUGGAGAGAGACCGUAUCACUGCACUGACUGUGGGAAGAGUUUCAGUCGAUCAGGACAACUUGUAACACACCAGUGAAUUCACACAGGAGAGAAACCAUAUUACUGCUCUGACUGUGGGAAGAGUUUCAGGGAUUCAACAGACCUUGUAAAACACCAGAGAACUCACACAGGAGUAAAGCCAUAUCACUGCUCCGACUGUGGUAAAAGUUUCAGUCAGUCAGGACAACUUGGAAAACAUCAGCGGAUUCACACAGGAGAAAAAACGUUUAAUUGCUCUGACUGUGGGAAGAGUUUCAGUUCGUUAGCAAACCUUGUUUCACACCAGCGAAUUCACUCAGGAGAGAAACCGUAUCACUGCUCUAACUGUGGGAAAAGUUUCCGUCACUCAGCAUCCUUUGCUGUACACCGGCACAUUCACACAGGAGAGAAACCGUAUCACUGCUCUCACUGUGGGAAGAGUUUCGGUCACUUGGCAUCCUUUGCUGCACACCAGCGUAUUCACACAGGAGAGAAACCAUACCGCUGCUCUGACUGUGGAAAGACUUUCAGACGGUCGGGACACCUUGUUUCACACCGGCGCGUUCACACAGGAGAGAAACCGUACUGCUGCUCUGAUUGUGGGAAGAGUUUCAGUCAGUCAAGAUCCCUUGUUACACACCAGCAAAUUCACAUAGGAGAGAAAAAAAAAAGAAAAUGUAAAUAAUGUUCCUGCAUAAAAAUAACUUUUAUCCAUUUUGCUUCCUGGCAUUUCAGCACAGCAGUGUGCUGCUGAAUAGUGUGGCUGCCCAAGCCGAGGAGACAGUCAGAACAAAUCCUUAAAUGGAAUUUACUAGUGUAACGACCUCGCCCUUAGCACAAAGCCAACCACUAUGGAGUGAUUACCUCCCUAUAUUAAAUAUAUCCCAUGACAAAAACAAGUUCGACAAACAGCUGUUUAAAGGGGUGAUCUCAAAUGCAAAAAUCCAAGUUAGGAGAAGCAAUUAGGCCAAUCUUGUCAAGCAAAUAGGCACAAUUGGAAAGGUGCUGGGGCCCAAGAUUCACACAAUUCUUGCUUCUAACUUGGCGCCUUUUUUUUGAUCGCUUCGCUCCACUUUAUCGCUCCUCUUGAAAUGCUCUUUGUAUGAUUGAAGUGACUGAGACACACACUCACAUUGUAAUACGAAAGACAUAAUUUCGGAUUGGAUCAGAAUCUGAGUGCUCAUGUUCAACACUGUGUUGUUGUUGUUUUUUUUUAGUUUUUUUUAAUAAAUAGAGCUAUUAAAAAAUGAUAUGUCCAAACUACAAAGUAAAAUGCGCAAUGCAAAUUUAGGACACAGUGUAAAUGCUCUUAUUGGAAGUCCAGGAAUGCUGAAUUCAGCUCCAUCGAUUGCUAUGAGCUACAGCUGUAUCACAGAGCAGCUCUCCUGGUAAACCCUUUGAAGGAGGAAACAAACUGCUAUUGUUAAUUAUUUUGCAUAGAAUGGCACAAGGCAGCUGUAAUAGAGUAAAUGUAGAUGCGCUUUUAGACUGUGUGUUGCUGCUAGCCCCACCCUGUGCAAAUUCAAAGUGUAAAACCAGAUAACACAACGAGCAGGGCACAAGCUAAGCGAUGAGCUGUAUUUGAUUAGGGAAAUAAAAGCUGUUUACUUUGACUAUCUGCGUCAGUCUGGAUUCUUAUAGAAAUCAAAUGUAAGACAACAAAUAUACUAGAAGUGUCAGGGGUGGAAGUUGCAGGUUGAGAUUUUAGAGUCAGUGUUUCCCUGCAUGCAUCACUGUGAGCAGCUCCUUCCUCCAGACACAGACCCACACUGGAAUGUUUAGAUGACUGGGUGUGAGGAGCCUUGUGUUAACAAUGGGAGAACUGGGCUGACUGGGGAGGUAACUGCUACUGCCUAUUUCAAUAGUCUUAUUACUGUGUUGUUACAUUAUGGACAGCAGUGGUGCUCUGGCUCCCUCUUGUGGUCACUAUUAAUAUCUGCUGUGUGUCUCUCGGAGGUCAAAUUAAUUGCUCUUUGUCAUUAAAAUGCUGUUUUUAUCAUCAAA